AUGAAUGGAUUAGAAAGUGAAAUGUAUUCGCUUGACAAUGAUACUGUCAAAAAGGAAUUGCAUGCAGAUUCAAUUGAUAUUAAUGCAAGUCUAUCUUCGCCAACAGCAAUACAAAUUUCUUUCGAUGAUGUUCUUAAAAAAUGUGGCGAUCUUGGUAGAUUUCAAUUGAUACAUUAUUUCUUUAUUAAUCUUAUUGCAAUGAGUGCAGGUAUUGCUGGUUACUAUUAUGUUUUUGGUGCAGCUGAGCCUGCUCAUCGAUGUCGAUUACCAGAAAAUAUCUGGCCUAAUGAUUCACAAUAUUAUCCAAUAAAUAGUACACAUGAAAGAUUAAUUAAUAAUUAUAUACCAAAAACAAAAAAUGGAAAAAAUUGGGAGAAAUGCAUACGUUAUACAAUCGAAAAUCGAAAUGAUACACUUGUCAAUUGUCCAAAUGGAUGGAUAUAUGAUCGAUCUAUAUUUGGAUAUACAUUUACUGAAGAAGCAAAUCUUGUUUGUAGUAGUGAACCAAUCAAAAGUUGGUUGGCUACUUUAGUCCAAUGUGGUGGUUUUUCAUUAUUUAUUAUUGGAUCAUUAGCUGAUAAAUUUGGUCGAAAGAGAUUAACUGUUAUUGUCACUAUUCUUCUACUUGUAACAUGUUUAAUUAGUCAGAUAUUGAUGCAAUGGAUACCCAUGGAAAUGAACAUGAAAUUCGGUCUUUUAUUAAUUAAUCAAUUCGCAUCAGGUCUAACUGUUCCAACAUUUAGUCUAACAUUUAUUCUCAUGCUUGAAUUAACAUCAUCAGCACAUACAAACUUGGCAGGAAAUGCUGCACUUUUUUCAUAUACAAUUGGUGAAGUUAUUGUUACUCUAUUUGCUUAUUUAGCAAAAGAUUGGCAAAUACUCAAAUGGGCUAACACAACUUUUUUUGCUUUAGUACUACCAUAUCUUUAUUUUAUGCCUGAAUCACCAUUAUACAUCUAUUCUAAACGACAGUAUGCUCAACUUGAAGCACUUUUACGACGGAUAGCAAGACAAAAUAAACGAAAAGAAGUAGAUUGGUAUCCAUUUUAUCAAGAAUUUAUACGAAAACAACCAUCCGCAUUAGUAAAUCAUGAUGAACUGACAUUUUUUCGUAGAGCUCAUCAAAUUCUAACACAACGUUCAACUAUUAUUAAAUUAUUAAUUAUUGCUUUAAUUGGUUUUACAACACUUAUGCUUUAUAUUAAAAUAAGUUAUGGCCUAGCAGUAAUGAAUAUUUCACCAUAUUUAGGAAUAUUAAUUGGUGCUAUUGUUGAAGCAUUUGGUUAUGCAACAGGUUUUUUGCUUAUAUCAACAAAACUUGCUCGUAAAGGUUCAUUUAUUCUUCUAAUGAUUAUAACAAGCAUUUGUGUUCUUCUUAUUCCAAUUAUUUUACCAUAUAGUUCAAUAGCAACUAUAUUUAUUGCUGAAUUGGGAAAAUAUUGUAUAUCAGGUUCAGUGGCUGUAUCAUGGAUAUUCGUACCUGAACUUUUUCCAACUUCAAUUCGAAGUAGUGCUAAUGGAUUUUUUAUUGCAAUGGGUCGUAGUGGUGCUAUUGUUGCACCAAUUAUUGAUACAUCCGUUAAGACUGAAUAUUUACCAUAUACAUUUUAUGCAUCAUCAGGACUAGCUGUUGUUGUCAUUUUACUUACAUUAAUCUUACCCGAAACAAAAGAUAAACCACUGGAUGAUGUACCAGAGUAUGCAAGAAAACAAACUAUUCUUUCUACUUUGUCUGUUCAUAUGUAA